AUGAUUAAAAUCAGCAUCCAGUUUAAGUCGAUAGACUUUGCUCCCGGGACCUUCGUCGCGGUAGACAUCCAUCAGCAUGACAGAGAACAUGAGACCGAAGAGGGUAGAUGUGAGGGCACAGCCCUGCUUUACUCCAUUGGUCACGGCGAAGGCUUCGGAAACCGUCCGGCUUUCCGUGACAUGCGCCAUCAUCCUGUCGUGGAGCUGACGUACCAUGUGAAUGAAGUGCUCAGGACAGCCGAAUUUCUGAAUGACUUUCCGCAGUCCGACGCGAUUCACUGUCGUUAUGGUUACGAAAGUAGUGUGGAGGUGAGUGCGUAUUUCCUAGCACUUAUUUCGCGGCUGCUAUGCGACGAAGAUCAUGUCGAUGGUGCCGUGAGGACAACGAAAGCAGCAUUGGCUUUCCGACAGGAGCCUUCGUUCCAAGUGAUUGUUGAGAUAGUUAGGAGGAUACGAGCGAAGAUUUUUCCAGCGAUAUUGAGCAGCGAGCUUCUACGAUGA